GGUAAGUGAGGCUCCGAGUGUUAUCGUUAAAUGGAUCAUUUUAUAAAUCAAGAAUUGGAAAGCAGCUAUUUAGAUCUUAAAAUAAACAACUCCGGUAUAAUAAUAUGGGGAUUUUUAUCAUUAUUUGUGCUUCAUUUCCUCUGUCGAGUAUUUUUAAAAGCAGGAAUUGGUUUGACUGACGAUGAACACGGAAAUAAUAUGCUGUUUUCGUUUGCUAUUGCUUUCGGCUUUUGCUUCAAGCACAUCUUCAACAUCCUGCUGUGUCUGCAAUUUGUAUUCAUCGUGUGCUCGGUGAACGUUACGCUUCGAACGCAGAAUGAACGACUACGCAGUCUGAUCUUCAAACUGAAACUAUACGAUGCAAUGAAAACCAAAAAUAUAUCAAAUGCCCAUGUAACGAUACGUCGUCUGUAUCGCGCGUAUGUGUCGAUAUGUGAAGUAUUGAGAAAUAUAUGUGACGGCGAGGGAGCCUUGGUGGCGAUCGUACUCCUUUCUAAAAUAACGGAAUGCACGGAUUCUUUUAACCAUGUCAUAUCAAUAAUUUAUGCGUCUUUAGAUGAUUGGUCGUACAGAAAAUUCGUAAACUUAGGACUGCCAUUAAUUUGGGCUUUUUUUAAAGGAGCUUUGAUAGUUCUAAUGGUAGAACAAUGUCACAAGACGCAAGAAGAAUUUCAAACGGCGCAAAUCCACGUAAGUCAUUUGAUGUGUGCAUCAUCAGACAGAGAAUUUAAGGAUGAACUGUCUCGCUUCUACAACCACGUUGCUGAUGAAAUACCCUCAUUUUCGCCACUAGGGAUAUGUGUUUUCACGAGGCAGCUCUUAGUUGGGAUUAUCGGUGGUAUUGCAACCUUUUUAGCAAUUGUUCUACAAUUUCGCCUUAUAGACAGUGUUCAAUUAAAAUAUUUGUCGUAAUAUGUCCACAUAAUAAGUGUCCAC